AUGAACCGAGGCCAUGGAAGGAUCACUUUUAGGAUAACCCAGCUAUUGACGGGUCACGGCUGCUUUGGGACCUAUCUCAGGCGGAUAGGCAAGGCAGAGUCGGCGGUGUGCCCGUACUGCUGGGAGGAAGGAGAGGAGGAGGAAAUUGACACGGCAGAGCACACGAUUGCCGUGUGCAGAGCCUGGAGUGCGGAGCGCGCGGAGCUGACCGCAGCGAUUGGGGAGGACCUGUCCCUGGGGGGUGUGGUGCGACAAAUUGUCGAGACGAAAGAGAGGUGGGCCGCCUUCUCUCUCUUUGCUGAGAGGGUAAUGAGGAGUAAGGAGGAGGCGGAGAGGAGACGCCAGGAACAGGAGCGGGAGGUCCAAAUGGCUGCGAGAGGAGAGGAGCGGGAGGCGGAUGGCCGCGGUGCUGGAGGAGCGCUGGAGAUCAGGGAAGCGGACUCGGACGAUCACCCGGACCGUUCGGGAGAUUGA